AUGGAUCUUCCUUUGGAUGAAGAAUUACAGCAGGACCAACAAGAAGUCAUUGAAUGGGUUCCCGCUAUUGACCCACGACCAUCUGACAUUACAUUGGUGAUAGAAUCAUGGCGGUUUCACGUUCACAGAGAUAUCCUCAUGAAAUCCAGCGAUUACUUCAGGGCCAUGUUUUCCUCGCAUAUGAUCGAAAGCAGGAAGGAUGUCGUCGAACUGCAUUUAGUCAAUCCAGAAGUGUUUAGUAUUUUAGUUGAUGGCAUGUACACAGGAUGUCUAGCAUUAACCGAAGAUAAUGCAUUUGCAGUUGUACAAGCUGCGGAAAUGUUGCAAAUCGGUGACCCUCUGAACUCAGCACAAUUAUCUUUCAUGAGAAAGACAUUCAUUAACGUCAGUCAAUGCUUUGAGCUGAUGCAUUUUUGCAUCCCACUCAACCUCACAGAAUUACAUUGUGAUGCACGAAAAUUUUGCCUUGCUCAUUUCUGGGAACUAAAAGAUUCCACUGCAUUAACUAGCUUGUCAUUAUCAGAACUGUAUGAUUAUUUAUCUGACACUUAUCUGGUUGUAGAGGCAGAGAUCCAU